CGAGAAGGUGUAGCUGCACGAGAGGCUGACAGAAAAAAAUGACUCUAUUUAUAGGUGCACUAUCGUCGAACAAACAGAGCGCAUCUGCAGGCUUACCCAAUCGAGUGAGGGAGCGGAGGAGGAGGCUCGCUUUCGUUUUCUUGCAAGAGAGGCGAGGAAGUGAUUUGAAGUGGUCAGCAAAAGUUAGACGGCGCAGGGUUUUUGGGAGCUGAUGGAGUUUUCUGAGCACAUCAAGACCGCCAACGUGGAGGAUGUUGUGCUCCGACAGGCGCUACACCCGCCGAGCAGGGGCACCCUGUGCAUCACCGGCCACCACCUGCUCUUCUCGGACAGGGAGGAGGGCGCCUCUCGGCAGGUCUUACUGCUCCUCAGGAACAUCGAUGCCAUUGAGAAAAGUGUGGAAAACCUUUUGGCCCAUUCCGGCCUCUUCUCUAAUGCAGCCCGCAGUGACAGGACAUCUGGAUCUUCAGGGACAAUUACCAUUAAGUGUAAAGAUCUGCGUGUGCUCCAGCUUGACAUCCCGGGCAUGGAGCAGUGUCUCAACAUUGCGCACUCCAUCGAGACCCUGUCCUGUCUGGACAGUGUGUCAGAGAUGUAUCCUUUCUUUUACAGACCCUCUGAUCACAGCCUGCAGGACCAGUGGGGUCUUUCAUCCCCUGAAAAGCACUACAGUCAAAUGAAGGAGCUCCAUGAUAGGUGGAGGCUGAGCACUGUGAACAAAGACUACUCAGUGUGUCCCUCUUAUCCUCCAGCUGUCAUCGUCCCCAAGAACACAGAUGAUGACAUGCUAAAGAAGGUGGCCAAAUUCAGACAGGGGGGACGCUUCCCUGUCCUGUGCUACUACCACAGGAAGAAUGGCAUGGUAAUCAUGCGCAGCAGUCAGCCGCUGACAGGAGCCAAUAGGAAGCGCUGCAGGGAAGAUGAGCACCUCCUCCAGGCUGUGAUUGACGGCUCAGAUAAAGGUUACAUUAUUGACACGCGCUCCAGUCAGCAGGCGCAGCAGGCUCGGAUGACAGGCGGAGGGUUUGAGUCAAAAUCAUUUUAUAACCACUGGAAGAGACUGCACAGACAGAUGGAAAGGGGUAAAUCACUGCAGGAGAGCCUAAUUAAACUGGUGGAGGCCUGCGGUGACUCGUCCCAUAAUGUGGACCGUUGGCUCAGUAAGCUCGAGAAUUCAAAGUGGCUGUCUCACGUCCAAACUGCCUUGUCAACAGCUGGCCUGCUGGCAGAGUGUGUGGAGAGGGACGGUCAUUCAGUUCUGGUUCACGGCUCUGAAGGGACAGACUGCACUUUGCUCAUCAGCACUCUGGCUCAGCUAAUCGUGGACCCAUGCUGCCGCACACUGGAGGGCUUCCUGGCUCUGCUGGAGAGGGAGUGGGUACAGGCCGGACACCCGUUCCAGCAGCGUUGUGCCCACUCAGCCUACUCCCAUGCCCGCCUUCAGCAGGAGUCCCCGGUCUUCCUGCUGCUGCUGGACUGUGUGUGGCAGCUGUGGCGUCAGUUCCCCCUGGCACUGGGCUUCUCAGAGGCGCUGCUGCUUAGGCUGGCGACAGAGGCCUACGCGUCUGACUAUGGCACCUUCCUGUGCAACAGCCAUCAGGAGAGGUGCGCUCUAGCAGUGAUGGAGAACACUCACUGUUUGUUCCAGGCCCUGUUGAGGCCCAGGGAGAGAGAUUACUACUCUAACCCCCUGUAUGAGCCCACUGAGUUAGCAAUCUGGCCCUCAGUCCACCCGCAGUCCCUGCAGCUUUGGAGGGGCUUUUUUCUGAGGUGGACCCAACAGGCUCGUCACCUUGAAGAGGUUCAGGAGGAAAUAAGGAGCAUGGUCAUUGAGUGGGGGAAGCUGGCACUCAGCUGAUGCCCUCUCAGUGUGUGAACAAGCAGCUCAGCCUGAAUGUGUAGAGCAUGUUUUAAUGAAGAAUGGUACCCAUGUGCAAUGUCUUUUGACACUGGAAUUAUUAUUACUGAAGUCUUACCAAUCUGUUAUAUUUCAAUGUACAGUAUUUUUUUUUAUUCUGUCAUAAAAAGUGUAUUGUGAAAAGA